UGGGCUUAACCGAUUUUUCGCUUUAUGUAACAUUAAUGACGUCUGGCGGCUUUUGAUACCAAAAGAUCCCUAAAAAACGACAACCGCUCCGCUACAAAGGAUUAAAAGGCCGCGUGUCCGCUAUGUUCCUUGCAAAGGGUUUCCGGUAACUGGUCAUAAAGCUGUUAGCUAGUAGCCUUAGCAUUAGCGUAUGCUAUCCAACGAGUUCGCCGGUACAGGCGGACCCUCUUCUUUGUCUGACAGGCGAAGGCGUGCUCUUUGUUAGGGCUUUCCUCCUUUGUCCAUUCGGGAAAGAGGAACUGUUAGGCCGGCGUUACGUAGCUAUCCGCAUCGCUAACGUGGUUAGAAAAUGCAAGUCGCGAAAAAAUACUUCACCGAAGGCCUGAUUCAGUUGACCAUCUUGCUGAGUUUGAUUGGAGUUCGUGUGGACAUCGACCGCUACUUAAGCGGCGACUAUUCGCCUCUCAUUGAGAUCAAUUUGGGUCCGAGCUCAGCCUACACCCAAACUCCGUUCCACAGUCCGAGAGACACUCUCGGGGGACACGCCGUGCACCCGAAAUGCCCCGAGUUGGAGGAUUUCUUCGCCAGUCGCCGGCUGCUCGACGAGGUUAGGACACUCGGUUCUCCGCGUUUCCCCACAGAGUUGAACGCAUGGCUGGUGCACCAAGUGUCGGCCAUUGACAAGUCUGACGGCGGGCAGCCUUCGACGAGCACAGACGCCGACGCGGACCCUGAAAGCUCCGAGGAUGACGGCCAACACCUGCACGACGGCGACCAGGAGCUGCAGCCGUCAUCUCCCCCAGCGGGGCCCUGUGUGACCGGGGUCAACAGGGUUAUAAAACAGGAGGAUGUUGACGUGAAGGAGGAGGAGGAAUCUGCUCCCGUCACUCAACUGGCGCUCAGUUCCACUCUGGAACAAGAGAGCGUGUUGGAAGGCAUCACUUCACUGUCAGAGCCCCCCCGACAGCCCCCUCCUGCAAGUGACUUUGACCAGCACUGGAGCCGCUUCCUGUCCAUGCCCGUCGCCGACCUCGAAGACUUGGACUCCCUUGUCACCGAGCGCCUGUCAGACUUCGACGCAGACGUCACGAGCGGCAUCAGCCUGGAUGCCACCUUGCUGGACGCCAUGGUUACCAGCAGCGGAGCUUUUGACGGCAGGCAGCAGAGAUCCUUAUUCCGACAGGAGUCCACCGGCUCCUCGCUCUCCGACGCCUCACCGGGGAUGGCUCUGGGUCUGGCGGCGCUCCCCUUCGCGUCGGUGUGCAGCUUGUCUGGCGGCGGGUCGUCGCGGAACUCGCCAAGCGACUGCCUGGACGAAGCCAUCUUUGAGCAGAUCAACCAGCUGGGCCUGGAGAGCCUGGACACCAUAGACUCCCAGCUGAUGGGCGCCUCGGCCGUCUUGCAACCACAGGCCCUUGAGGAUUUGGACUCGGACUCUGGUCUCUCUUUGGAGAGCAGCUCUGGAGGUCCAGUCUCCCCAGGUUCAUCGGAGAUGUCGUCGUCAUCGUCAUCGAGUUCGUUCUGCGAAGACGAAUGCGGAGCCACGGGCUACAGCAGCGAGGCGGACUGGUUGCCGUCUAAAGGCUUGCCGGACCUGAGUGAGAGCGUGUGGCACGACCACAGCUACUCGUCUCCCGCCUUCUUCAACCCGCCGCCGCUCACCCUCGCCCACAAAGGCAUCAAGGAGGAGCCUCUGAGCGGCGACGAAGGGCCCGGUCUGGAGGAGCGCGAGCUGAGUCGGGACGAAGUGCGCGCCCGUGCCAUGUGCAUCCCCUUUUCCGUGCUGCAGAUCGUCAACAUGCCGGUGGAGGAGUUCCUGGAGCUCAUUGAGGGCCACGGUUUCACCGCCGAGCAGGUGACGCUCCUCAGGGACAUCCGCCGGCGCGGCAAGAACAAGCUGGCGGCGCAGAACUGCCGCAAACGCAAACUGGACGCCAUCACGGGGCUCCAAGAAGAGGUGGAGCGGCUCCGGGCUCAAAGGGACCGGCUGCUGAGGGAGAAACAGAUCACGGCCAAGACCAUGGGCGCCGUGGGCCAGCAGAUUCGCCAGCUCACUAGAGACGUGCUGGCUCGGCUCAGAGACGAUUCGGGACGAGCCCUGGACCCGGACACGUUCACCCUGCGGUGCGGGGCCAACGGGAGGGUCCUGGUUCAGCCCGUGAGGAGGCCCGCCGUCUCGGCGGCCAGCGGCAGUAAGUCGGACAAGAGGAAAAAGGGCAAGAAGCAGUGAGGCUGCUUUUCUUUUUUUCAAGGUGGACUUUCUUGGCUGUGGAAUAUCCUCUUACAAAAGUGUGUGCGUGUGUGUGUGUGUGUGUGUGUGUGUGCGUGUUGAACCACUGCUGUUGCAAGGCGAAAACAGCUAAAGCUGCCAAAAACAAAAGAAAGCGACAAAAAAGAGCAAAAAGAAAAAGUGGAUAAAAAUCAGAGAAAUGUAGCUUACACACUGGAAGGACACUCUUGGCUUCUUUGAGGUGGACACUCUUUACUGGACUUUAGGACCUGCACCUGCCUGCAAACUGUCCCAGCAUUCAUCACAAAUGUACCAGGUGUGUUCAGGCAGCAAAAAGAUUGCUGGUCCGCUGGUUAAAAGCUCUAUUUAUUGUUCCCACUUCCUGAAAUGCAUCAAAAACUGUCACAUGACGGUGUAUUAUUUUUCCUUCUAUAGUAGCAACGUUAUCCUACGGCGAUAAACGAGAUUUUACACAGACUAAGUUUACAGUAGAUUGCUUCCAUACAAGGUGAAAAAUCAAUAGAUUAUGUCUUGAUGACAUAUACUGUAGACCAGGGGUGUCCAAACUACGGCCCGCGGGUCGGCGUCUUCAAUUUGGACUGCAAGACUGCGAGGGCAUGAGUUCAAUAAACAAAUGUAGUCGUAUCAUAUACAAGCGGACAGAUAUCAGCUAUUGUCACCAUCUGGUGGCCAAUGAAAGUAAAUCAACCAUUAAUUCAACCUACCAGGAAAUCUGCACACAUUUACUUAUAUGACCCAAUCCAAACAACCUUCCCUAGUCAUGGUGCACAAAAAUUCAACACAAAUGGUCACACAGAUAUUGUGUCACCAGCUGGUGGCCAAUGCAAUAACUCAACCAUUAAUUCAACCUACAAGAAAAUACUGCACACAUUUACUUGUAUGACCCUAUCCAAACAACCUUCCCUAGUCAUGGUCCACAAAACUUCAACACAAAUGGUGACACAGCCAUUGUGUCAUCAUCGGGUGGCCAAUGCAAGUAAUAACCAUUAAUUCAACCUCCAAGAAAAUACUGCACACAUUUACUUAUAUGACCCAAUCCGAACAAUCUUCCCUAGUCAUGGUGCACAAAAAUUCAACACAAAUGGUCAUACAGCCACUUUAUCACCAUCCGGUGGCCAAUGCAAAUAACUCAACCAUUGAUUCAACCUACAAGAAAAUACUGCACACAUUUACUUAUAUGACCCAAUCCGAACAAUCUUCCCUAGUCAUGGUGCACAAAAAUUCAGCACAAAUGGUCAUACAGCCACUUUAUCACCAUCGGGUGGCCAAUGCUAGUAACGCAACCAUUAAUUCAACCUACAAGGAACUACUGCACACAUUUACUUUUAUGACCCAAUACGAACCACCUUCCCUAGUCCUGGUACAUAAAAAUUCAACACAAAUGCUCACCCAGCUAUUGUCACCACCUGGUGGCCAAUGCAAGUAACUCAAAUCAUUAAUUCAACCUACAAGGAAAUGCAGCACACAUUUACUUAUAUGACCCAAUCCGAACAACCUUCCCUAGUCAUGGUGCACAAAAAUUCAACACAAAAGGUCACACAGCUAUUGUGUCACCAUCUGUUGGCCAAUGAAAGUAACAACUAUUAAUUCAACCUACCAGGAAAUACUGCACACAUUCACUUAUAUGACCCAGUCCGAACAACCUUCCCUAAUCAUGGUACACAAAAUUCAACACAAAUGGUCAUACAGCCAUUGUGACACUAUCUGGUGGCCAAUGGAAGUAACUCAACCAUUAAUUCAACCUUCCAGGAAACACUGCACACAUUUACUCAUAUGACCCAAUCCGAACAACCAUCCCUAAUCAUGGUGCACAAAAAUUCAACACAAAAGGUCACACAGCCAUUGUGUCACCAUCGGGUGGCCAAUGCAAGUAACAACCAUUAAUUCAACCUACCAGGAAAUACUGCACACAUUCACUUAUAUGACCCAGUCCGAACAACCUUCCCUAAUCAUGGUACACAAAAUUCAACACCAAUGGUCAUACAGCCAUUGUGACACCAUCUGGUGGCCAAUGGAAGUAACUCAACCAUUAAUUCAACCUUCCAGGAAACACUGCACACAUUUACUCAUAUGACCCAAACCGAACAACCAUCCCUAAUCAUGCUGCACAAAAAUUCAACACAAAAGGUCACACAGCCAUUGUGUCACCAUCGGGUGGCCAAUGCUAGUAGCUAAACCAUGAAUUCAACAUACAAGGAACUACUGCACACAUUACUCAUAUGACCCAAUCCGAACAACCAUCCCUAGUCAUGGUGCACAAAAAUUCAACACAAAUGGUCACACCGCCAUUAUAUCACCAUGCAAGUAACUCAACCAUUAAUUCAACCUACAAGGAAAUACUGCACACAUUUACUUAUAUGACCCAAUCCGAACCACCUUCCCUCGUCAUGGUGCACAAAAAUUCAACACAAAAGGUCACACAGCUAUUGUGUCACCAUCCGGUGGCCAAUGCAAGUAAUUCAACCAUUAAUUCAACCUACAAAGAAAUGCUGCACGACAUUUACUUAUAUGACCCAAUCCGAACAACCAUCCCUAGUCAUGGUGUACAAAAAUUCCACACAAAUGGUCACACAGCCAUUAUAUCACUAUCCGGUGGCCAAUGCAAGUAACUCAACCAUUAAUUCAACCUACAAAGAAAUACUGCACGACAUUUACUUAUAUGACCCAAUCCGAACAACCAUCCCUAGUCAUGGUGCACAAAAAUUCCACACAAAUGGUCACACAGCCAUUAUAUCACUAUCCGGUGGCCAAUGCAAGUAACUCAACCAUUAAUUCAACCUAUAAAGAAAUACUGCACGACAUCUACUUAUAUGACCCAAUCCGAACAACCAUUCCUAGUCAUGGUGCACAAAAAUUCAACACAAAUGGUCACACAGCUAUUGUGUCACCAUCGGGUGGCCAAUGCUAGUAGCUAAACCAUUAAUUCAACCUACAAGGAACUACUGCACACAUUUACUCAUAUGACCCAAUCCGAACAACCAUCCCUAGUCAUGGUGCACAAAAAUUCCACACAAAUGGUUACACAGCCAUUAUAUCACUAUCCGGUGGCCAAUGCAAGUAACUCAACCAUUAUUUCUACCUACAAAGAAAUACUGCACAACAUUUACUUAUAUGACCCAUUCCGAACAACCUUCCCUAAUCAUGGUGCACAAAAAUUCAACACAAAUAGUCACAUAGCUAUUAUGUGGCCACCAUCUGGUGGCCAAUGCAAUUAACUCAACCAUUAAUUCAACCUACAAGGAAACGACUGCACAACAUUUAUUAUAUGACCCAAUCUGAACAACCUUCCUUAGUCCUAGUGCACAAAAAUUCAACACAAAUGGCCACCAAGCCAUUGUCACCAUCUGGUGACCAAUGAAAGUAACAACCAUUAAUUCAACCUACCGGUACAAGGAAAUAUUGCGCAGCAUUUACUUAUAUGACCCAUUCCGAACAACCUUCCCUAAUCAUGGUGCACAAAAAUUCAACACAAAUAGUCACACAGCUAUUGUGUCACCAUCUGGUGGCCAAUGCAAGUAACUCAACCAUUAAUUCAACCUACAGGGAAAUAUGGCACAUAUUCAUUUAUAUGACCCAAUCCGAACAACCUUUCCUAGUCAUGGUGCACAAAAAUUCAACACAAAUGGUCACACAACAGAAAGUAACUCAACCAUUAAUUCAACCUAUAAGGAAAUACUGCACACAUUUACUUAUAUGACCCAAUCCAAACAACCUUCCCUAGUCAUGGUGCACAAAAAUUCAACACAAAUGGUCACACAACAGAAAGUAACUCAACCAUUAAUUCAACCUAUAAGGAUAUACUGCACACAUUUACUUAUAUGACCCAAUCCGAACAACCUUCCCUAGCCAUGGUGCACAGAAAUUCAACACAAAUGGUCACACAUAACACAACCUGCUCAUUGAACUUUGUGGAUAUUGUUUAAAAAAAUAAAUGUUCUAUCACCAUACAAAAAAAUGUAAAUCACACCUAUUUAAAUCCAUCACAAGGGAUGAUGGGAAAAAUGCAAAACAUGCUACACUUACACACGUUUGGCACAUUUCUGCUGCUUGAUAUUUUUGAUUGGUUAAAAAACUUAAAGGAGGUAGUCGUAGUUGAAAUUUCACAUAUACUUAAUAACCAAUUAUGAAUUAUAUCUCCAUUAUAUUAUUGUAUACGUGCGUGUGUGUGUGUGUGUAUAUAUAUAUAUAUAUAUAUAUAUUAAAAAGGAGUUACUUAGCAUGCCCCCAGUCAAAAGGUUUGGACACCCCUGCACUGUACCAAUAAUGAAACUGACCAGGUAUGUACGCUGGAUGUUUUAUUAAAAUUGCUUUACAGUUUAGCAAAGGUUAUUUUCUACCUCACGCUUGAAAUCAUUUUAAAACGUUUUUUUUUUUUUUCAUUUGAAUAAAAGUUGAGAAAAAAAAAACCCUUUUUCAGGGGGAUCGAAGUGCACUCUUAAGUAGAACUCCUUGUCGGAAUGUCCACCUAAAAGAGUAAAACAAUCAUCUUUUCUGAAUGUUUGGAAGCAGCGUCGAGGUUGCUGUGCUUUUUAUUGCCUUCUGCUCUAUGAAGUCUUUGAGGUGAGGAAACUCAAAUUCAGAGACUUGCACAAAGUAGUUUCAUGAAGUAUUUUCUUUUCUAUUUUUUUAUUUAUCUGGUGUGACUGACUUUGCUUUUUAUUUUAUAUAUAUAUAUAUAAAUGUUUUUUUCUUUUGCUGCUGGGCAAAUGUCGAUUGCAUGAUGUUGUAUGUUGAUAGUCUGCUCUCUGCUUGGGACUUGUAGAUGUUUUCUGACAUGAAUCUUUCUGAUUAAAAAAAAACAAACAA